CCAGCUCCUUUUUUGUUCCGACCACCUUGGAACUGCUGACAAUUCUCUAAGCCAAAAAAAAAAUCAGUUUUUUAGCAAAAAAAAUUCAAGAUUUUGAGGACUUUGGUGAAAUGAUUCGAACUAAAACUUUGGUUCCUGCGAUAAGCAAAUUCAAAAACAUAUAUCCACCUGGAAGUAGAAUUGUUGGAACAAUGACCCCUAAGAAGCAAGUAAAUGAUGAUGCUGGAGAAGCCCAGAUGAAGGCGGAGAACAUUGAACCUCUCGUUGCUUUUAGCAGGCCACCUCCGAUGCCUCCUUUCCUUGGACCUCUAGUUGCUCUUUCAUUGCUUGAAUCAUGGUCAACACGAGAGAGCAAUGAUGAUUGACAGCUGAUAUGGUUAAUGGCUUAUGCCUUCUGUCAAUAGAAUUGGGGCUGACACAUUUGAGCCGAGGGUCUUUCGGAAACAGUCUCUUUACCUCCAUGAGGUAGUGGUAAGGUCUGCGUACACUUUACUCUAUCCAAACCCCACGAGUGGGAUUUCACUGGGUAUGUUGUUGUUGUUGUUGUUUUGCGUUCCCCUGAGAAAGAACUGCCACUUGGAUUCAUUUUAAGUCUUGAAUUCUUGUAUAUGGUUUGACUAUUUUAUUCUUAAUGAUUGUUAAUGUAUUGUAAUCCUCCUAUUCAUGCUUAUUUGGACAGAUCAUGUUCUCCAAAGCUCACGUAGACGGGGUGUGCGAACAAUUUUUUUUAACUUGUAGGUUUGGACAUGUCAUUCAUCAAUCACUCAAUGUUUGGUACUGAGAAUCACUAAUAAAGAGACUCACAACCAUAAAGAUAGUCUUUCCAUAAAGAAUAGCUUACCACUUGAAUUUUUAGAUCGAAAUUCAACCCAGCUUAUUCAACAGUCAAUAUUAGAGGUCUCGGUAGGGGUUCCAAUUUUUCUCAAAACCAACACUCAAUCAUACAGUUGUUUUCGAGCAGAUUUUAACAGAUAUCCCCAAGUGUAACUAUUUAUAGUAGCACUAGUCUAAUUACAUAAAUGGCCAAAUGG